CGGUUCCAUGAGGUAUUUCUGGCCGCAAGCUUGCGAUUGGCGGAAUGUUUUUUUGAGUAGGAAAGACGUCUCGUUAAUUGGGGAAAGUCACUCUUUCCCCUCACAGCUCGCGCAUCUUCAUCUGAGUGGCUCUUCGCCGAGGCACGGUGGAGAGACCUGAUCUAUCACCAAUUGAUAUUCAAAUUCAAUCAUGUCUAGACCGAAUCUCAUCGGGAGGUUUACACCUAUUGAUGCCCCAAAUGAAGAAACCUAUCGGAGAGAGCAAUAUGACAGGUUAAGGGAAGACAUCGAACGCACUCGGAGGCAGGUAGCUCCCCAGCCCGGCCUCAGAGUGGGACCUCAACCCAUUCUUGUGCAAGGAGUAGAGCUCUACCCCAGAGAGAAUGCGAAACUCCACAAUACCCACUUGUAUGAACUGCUGGACGGCAAGGAUUCCUCCCUGAUUAUCCGAAGGGGACAGACAUUCUACAUGGCAGUUCGAUUCAAAAAGACGUUCAACCCCGUUCUCGAUUCGGUUCGCCUGCACUUUGAAUUCGGUCCUCCACCGUACCUCAUGCAAAAGGGCAACCUAGUGAGUCUGCCUAUCACCAAUCAGUCUGCCUUCACUAGAGAAAAGGCCAUGUGGGACAUCCGUACCCACCAGCAUGAAGGGGCUCUUAUCACUCUCGAUAUACAGGUGGCUGGCACAGCUCCUGUCGGUGUUUGGAAAAUGAAGAUAUACUCAUACGUACCCGGAAACAUGAGCAUUGAACCGGCUGUCUUUGAAAUACCACAGAAUGUGUAUAUACUCUUCAAUCCCUGGAGCAAAGAGGAUACCGUGUUUUUGGACAGGGAAGACGCCAGGAGAGAGUAUGUUUUGAAUGAUGUCGGAAAAAUUUUUGUUGGCACACAAAAAGAACCCAGAGGACGAAGGUGGAUUUAUGGUCAGUUUGCGGAUUCUGUGCUGCCUGCGGCGAUGCUUAUGUUGAACCACUCCAAGCUAGACUACACAGGCCGAGCUAGUCCUAUACUCGUUUCCCGAGCUAUCUCCAAGCUGGUAAACAGCGAGAACGACGACAAGGGUAUCGUGGUAGGUAACUGGUCAGGCAUGUAUGAUGAUGGUAUGGCACCCUGGAUGUGGACCGGCAGUGCCGCCAUCAUGGACGAGUACUUCAAGAAUGGAGGAGAGCAGUCGGUCAAGUAUGGACAGUGCUGGGUCUUUGCUGGAGUUGCUACCACAGUCUGCCGGACCCUUGGUCUUCCAUGCCGGACUGUCACAAAUUUCGUGUCAGCCCACGACACAGAUCGCAGUUUGACAGUUGACAAGUACUUCGACGAGAAGGGAGAAAAGAUAGAAGGCGUCAGCAACGAUUCCAUAUGGAACUUUCAUGUAUGGAACGAUGUGUGGAUGGCCAGACCAGAUCUGCCACCUGGAUACGGUGGAUGGCAGUCGAUCGACUCGACUCCGCAAGAGACCAGCGGAAAUGUCUUCCAAAUGGGGCCAGCAUCUGUGGAAGCCGUGAAGCGUGGCCAAGUCGGUUUCGAUUUCGACUGCCCCUUCGUCUUCGCCGAGGUAAAUGCGGACAUUAUCAAGUGGACACGAGAUGAGACAGUUGAGGGUGGUUGGCGGAAGGCAGCCAGCGACAAAUAUAAAAUUGGACAGUUUAUGUUGACGAAAAAAAUUGGAGUAGAUGAUGAUGUUGGAGAUACAGAUGCUGAAAAUAUAGUUGCCGAAUAUAAGGAUCAAGAAGGUACUGUGGAAGAAAGAAUGGCCGUUUUGAACGCUGCUCGUUACGGUGUCGCCCCAAGCAUCCGGUAUGCUGUUUACGACAUGCCCCCUCCAGAGGCCGAGGAUGUGGAUUUCGAUUUGGUGGAAAUUGACCAGGUCAUGAUUGGACAGCCUUUCUCGGUAACAGUCAAGGUGCGCAACAAGAACAAGUCCGAAAUGCGAACAGUGGGAGCAGUCUUGUCUGCCAGCACUGUCUACUACACUGGAGUUCUAGCGCGCAAGGUCACCAGGCAGAGAGGAAAUUUCACACUGAAGCCCAAUCAGUCGGAAGUUCUGUCUAUCACUGUGACACCAGAUGAUUACCUGGACAAACUAGUCGAUUACUCGAUGAUGAAAAUUUACGCCAUUGCCACCGUGCAGGAAACUCAGCAGACCUGGGCAGAAGAAGACGACUUCACAGUGCAGAAACCUAAGCUGCGAUUGGAGUGCCCAGAUACUCUGCGUGUGAGUUACGAAUUUCAACUGGUCAUUCGAUUGACGAACCCUCUCAACCGUCAUCUCACAGACUGCUUGUUCACCAUCGAAGGGCCUGGACUCAGCGGACCAUACAGAGUUAAAUUUAGAGAUAUUUCUCCCUUGGAAUCUGUAGUUCACGUCGAACGUUUGGUACCACAGCGGCCCGGAAAGCGAGUAAUCGUGGUCAACUUCAGUUCCAGACAGCUCAUCGAAGUGCUCGGUUCGAAGCACGUCAAUGUUGUACCUUGAGAGACUUCGUCCACUGAUACUAUUCUCUCAGUCAUAUCUCAAAGUUUAAAUAAAUUUUUAUUACAUUAAUUUGUUAUAAUAUUGCAUUGAAUACAAUAAAAUAUGAUCAAACUGUU